AUGGACCUAGAUUGGCAGGAGGACUCCCCCAUUCAUACGCCGCCGCCGCGGCGUGCUAGAGACAGAGAACCGGAGCUGGAGCACUCAGGGAAGAAGUCUGCAAAGCCCUGUUCCCGCCGCGCCAAUGGUGGCUUUGCUGAGAGAUGGAAAUCUUGCACUGUCCGGUUUCAGUCAUCCUGCAAAAUGGGGGAUGCGCUGGCAGAUCUUCGCCAACUGACUCCGUACCAGAAGGAGCUGGCCAAGAAGACUUGGCUGGUCAUGACUCCGGCGGGCUGCCGUUGUAUAGCCUGUGAACAGGCCAAGAUGCAAGGACCUUGGGCCCAAGGAACUGCCUGUGCUGAGGUGGCCGACUUCAGGCUGCAUCAUGUCGUGCAUCACUCUAAAGGCAAGCAACACAAGGCAGCAGUGGAGGCAUUUCUCGGACUUACAGACGGUUCUGUCAGCGCUCCGCCCGUGGAUGAGUUCAAGGCGAUGCUACACAGGCUGCAGAAGGGGCAGUCCGAACGAGAACUGUCCGAGCACAAGAAUUGCUCGGACAAGGUCCGGCUGAUGAUUUGGAGCUUGCAGGAGGCCUUGCUUGAGGAGGACCGACGAGUCCUUGCAGAGGCAUCAAGCAUAUGCCUCAUGCGAGAUGCUAGAAAGCAGAGGCUUUUGAUCAGGUACGGCACUUGCUCAAAAACAACCUUGGAUUGUCGCAGCGGCAUUCUCGGGCAGACCCGAAACAUGGGUGACAGCGGUGGCAAUCUUCUUCAAGCCACGCGCAAAAUCCUGGAGGAUUUCUGCACAGAGAACGCGCACCCGCCUCGGUGGUAUGCGGGGCCGGAGCCGCAGUUCUGUGGCGGGUUGUUUGACCGGCUCACACAACACGUGGAGGUUGUUGUGAGUGAUGCAGCUGCUAACGAGAUCGUGGCGACCGCGGCCAGCGCAGGAGACCGCGAUCCUCGCAUCGAGAAGGAAGGUGCUACCUCGCCGUUGUUUCCCAACUUGCUCCUGAUUGGAAGAGAUUCUGCACAUGCUUACAGAAAAGUUUUGCAGCGACCCUAUUUGGCGGACGAGCAGCUUUCUUCACUCAUGACAGAUUACGUGUUGAGUUCGGACUCGAUGCUGCAGAUUGUCAGCAAAAGCUUCGAAUUCAAUGGCUGGUUCGCAGAGGAGAUUCAGCGAAUGGAAGCCAGUCCGUGGGGCAAAAACUGCAGGAAUCUCAAGUCUGCGAAACACAGAUUCGAAAGUCACACGAUACCUAUCGGAAGGCUUUUGAUGUACUUGCCUGCUUUUGUGAAUGUGGUUCAGCGCAUCACCGAGACCAGGGGAGGUAAAGAGGCAGGCAAGGCUAGUCAGUGGUUGAGCAGGUUGACCUCGCAAAGAAUUCUUUUGCUUGCCAUGCUGGCCGACGCAGGCGACGAAGGCCUGCUGUUGAUUCGAGCUGUGGACCGGGAGGACGUCGACCUGAGUGAGCUGAGCAACCACGUUCGUGCAUUCCACGACCGCGUGGUGUGGCUCUUCAGCCAAGGUCACAUCGUGCAGUGCGGGUACACGAAGCAUGCAAUGGACAUGCUUAAGGGCGAAUCUUUGACUUUCUUUGCUCAGGGUGCCGGAUUUCGGCUUCGGCCGGUCACGGACGGAUACAUCCAAGAAUGCCUGGCCAGAAUGCGGUGCUGGACCAAGCUGGCUUUGGAGGUAUUGAGAACAGAGUUCCCAAACUACUCCCUUUUCAACGCCAUGAACGUGCUGAACCUGAGCUCCUCCUCCUCUGGAGGCGGUGCCCACCGGUGUUCUGACGGGCAGGCGCAGGACAUGAUCGCCCGCCUCGCAAAGGCUUUCAAGGUGAACCCAGAGGGUCUGGCGCAGCAGCUGGACAGGCUCAGGCCCAUGGCCGAGCAGCUGCGUUGGGCGUCUGACUUGCCGAACAAGGAGGCAUGGGUGCAGGUCAUGCUCAGGACGCAGCAUCGCAAGUCCAUGCGCGAUGCCUACCCAGCAACAGAUUUGCUGCCGGUGCUGUCCCGAUACCUGUCAUGGCAAGCCUCGACUUCAGGCGUUGAGCAGACGUUUUCGCGGCAUGAACGUGCCAGACUGGGCGAAAGUCCUGCAUCUGCUGAGAGCGAAGUUUGCAAGCUUCGCUUCCUGAAGCUGCAGCCCUUGACCCAGAAGGCAGAGGCUGACCUCUGUGCCGCAGCCCGUGAGAUUUAUCACCGAAGUUGCCCAGGCAGUGUCCGCAAGAGAGCCCUUACCCGUGUCGACCGUGGAGUCAAGCGGCAACCAGGUGCAUGUCAAGCAAAAGGCGGAGGCACGCAGGCAGGCUGGCUCAGAGGACGUCGUGCAGAGGUGGCUGAGGGUGUCGCUGCAGCCGAACGGGCAGGAGACGAGUUGACCUUCGAUGAGGACGAGGCUCUUCAAAAUCCUAUGUGGUCUGAAGAUCAUCAGGCGGAGCUUGAGUUUCAACAAUCCAAACAAAAGAAAAUCCGACUCGAGUCUUACAACCGGAACACCCUGCUGGAGAAGGAGGUGUGUCCGGACUUGCUCCAAGAAGCGGCGGAACAACGUGCACGGGACAGAAAGAACGACAAGAAUCUAGUCCAGCGCCGGCGCCUCAACACACAAGCGGCUGAGCGCAUGCACCAGACCCUGUCUUGGGGUGAGCUGGCCGGAAAGAGAUUCUAUGUCGAGGAAACACUGCCCGAGGAGAUCAGUGUGCUUCUCACAUCCAAGAACUUGAUCCCUGUGGCUGAACCGCAGAACGCAGACAUCUUCUUUGUCAAGGACGCGCUCCAACCUCCCUUGAAGUGUCAGUGGUUGGCGAAACUGCUGGGACGGCAGAUGCUAGACAGCACAGUUGUGACCCAGAACACGGGAUCCAUGGUGCAGCACGUGCCUGCGGUUAAGAAGAGUCUGAGGCUGCACAUGACCGCCGAGUUUGCUGCAAAGCAUCCGGUGAUCGUGGACUUGAUCAAGGCAUCUGUGUCGGUUAGUGAAAGCAAAUGGACAAUCGUCGGUCAACGGACCGCGGAAGCCUUUCUGGGCACGACGGAUGAGGCAAGCGCCGGGCAGGAUGACAGAUGGUACAACAAGCCUACCUUUCUGGAUUCAAUCACCAAGUUAGAUAUGAAGAAAUCCGGCAGGUGCAUUUCCUGCAAGGAUUGA